AUGCCAAAUAUCAUGGAAGAACACGUCGCUAUGGUUGAUGGACAGAGUAAGAGCAAGGGAGGCCUGAGUUUGAAGUUUAUGGCCGUCGACUUGGACACGACUGGACGCCGUCUUUGCGACAAGAUAUUCCAGUUGGCCGUAUUCUCGCCAUUCGGGCGCUACGAGCAGUACAUGUUGCCGCCCAUAAAUCUGAACUCGGCUGCGCGUCUGCGCCACCAGGUGCGUGUGACUCGUCUCAAGGGCCGCCGUGUGCUCAAGGCAAUGCUGACCAAUAAGAUCAUCAAAACGGAGUCGGAGCAAACGGGCUUCCGCAAGUUUAUCGAAUGGCUGCAGGAGCAGAGCGAGCCCACAUCGGGCAUUGUGAUUGUGUACCACGAGGAGCGCAAGUUCAUACCACUGAUGAUACUGCAGUCGGUCAUCAAGUUCAAUUUGUUGAAAGAGUUCGAUAAGAUGGUCAUCGGCUUUGUCAAUACCAAUGAGAUAGCCAAGGCAACGGUCGGGGGCAGCGAUCGCCCAUACUUGAGCGUGCGCAGCCUGUUGGCCGUACUGGCCAGGGAGAGGGGCGAGGAGAUUUACACCAAGGAGUUCACUGGCAGCGCCAGUAUUCGCGCCAAGCUGGUGUUCAAUGUGGCCACCGAGCUGUGCGCCCGUGAGCCGAGCAUCUGUCAUCUGUUUACUGCAAUGAAGCCCUAUCUGGAGACGAUCGACACACUGAUCUUGGAACUGGACCAAGGAUAUACCGCACUGAAGCGUCAGAACUCGUUUCGUCCGUUGUUCGUGAACUACUUCAAGACCACGGUGCAGCGUAUGCGUGCCGUCAAGUUUCGCAUUGCGCUCGCUGAAGGCGGACUCGAUUUGAGCACUUUGAGCGACGUCUGGAAGGACUCGCGCAUUCAGGGACUCAUCAGCACGCUGCAGCCCGUCGGCCGACUGACCGACGGCGAGAAGACCGAGCUGGUGGCUCUCUUGGACAGCUACUUCGAUCCCAACAAGAUCGCCAUCAAGCCGAUGAUCAAGGAGCACACCAGCUCACGCCGUCGUCGCGCUCAAAACAAAUCGCUGGCCUCGUCAGCUACCCGGGAUGCCGACCAUCAGCUGGACGAGGUCCCACCCUCGGCCCACACCUCGACACCCAAAGGACACGAAUCCAAUUCCGAGCAUAACGAUAGUCAAAUCAACACUAGCAAUGACAAUGACAAUGACAAUGACAAUGACAAUGACAAUGACAAUGACAAUGAUAUCAACAAUGAGAACACAGUUGACUCUGACACCGCCACUGGCAAAAAUCCGCUGCGUCGCUCUACGCGUCGCAUAAUGGUGUCGCCCGUAAAAGUGUCCCAGAAUGGGGCCGUGGCCAUAGGACAGCCUCUACAGGAGAACAACCAAAUAUCAUCACCCAAUAAUUAAGCUCCUUGGUGGACCUCAAAUUUCAAGUUUAAAUUAAAAUUUCAAUGUGCAACGGAAACGGAAACAAGAAUCAACAACA